UAAUAUCGCGAGAUUUGCUAGACGGCGGGUGUAGCCCCCGGAUGCUAUGUCCAAGGCGACAAAAACUCCUCAAUUUAGUUAAUGAUCAUGCGUUUAAGACGAAAACUAUUUAUGUAGACAAAAUAUAAACUUAGGUACACGUUGUUCGUGUGUGGUCGUGUAGUUAGCAACUGGAAAUGCGCCAAAAUGCUUGGCUCUAAAUGUGGAGGCAUGCUAAGUGUUACUUGCUAGCUAAGCAACACACGGCUGACAUCUUCCUGGAUUUUACAGCGCAUAAAAAUGUUUGCGAAACAGAAGGGUGACUGGAUACUGACCGGGACUACGGUCGCCUUUGUAACGGCAGUGUAUGUACCCUGUGUGCAGAGGACUGUACCCGGAGGAGACUCAGGAGAGCUGAUCACCACCGCAUGUGAGCUGGGGGUGGCUCAUCCUCCAGGAUAUCCAGUCUUCACGCUCUUGGCCCGUUUGUCUCUGUAUCUGCUGCCCUGGUUGUCUCCAGCUCACAGUGUCAACCUUAUGUGCAGCCUUCUAGGAGCUGCAGCUUGUGGUUGUUUCACUCUGACAGUCUGCAGGUUGACAGGUCCUGGACCCGGUGCGGUCCUGGCUGGAGGCCUGUUUGCUGUGUCCAGGCUCAGCUGGCAGUGGUCGAUGGUGGCAGAAGUCUUCACCCUCAACAACCUUUUCGUCGGCGCUCUCUUCUUCUUGAUGGCCAGCUUCCACUGUGCUGAAAACUCCUGGCAGAGGAGGAAGAUUGCGCAUUGGGGUGCAUUUUGCUGCAGCCUGGGGCUGUGCAACCAACACACUCUGGUCUUGUAUGUGCUGAUUGUCAUUCCCUGGGUCCUUUACCGACUCCUUACUCUAAAGGAGCUGUCUUUUUUGGGCCUUGUAUCUCUGGGAUUUUGUUUCAUCGCUGGUUUUUUCCCAUACCUCUACCUACCCAUCUCGUCCUACCUCAACAGCGCCCGCUGGAGCUGGGGGGACCAAACUACCCUUUCCGGUUUGCUGACUCAUCUGCUGAGAGCAGAGUAUGGGACAUUUAGCCUUGCAAAGACAGAGACCUCUGUGAGUCUGAGCUCAAUGCUGCAGGCCCAGCUGGACCACUGCCUGGCGGAUCUCUCUCCUCCUGUUUUGGUUCUGGCAGGAAUAGGCCUUCUCUUCUCCUUGUGGGACAGGACCUGCUGCUCAGUUUCCUGGCUGUUGACUGCAAUGCUGCUUGUCUACUCUCUGUUUUUUGCAUGGAGAGCUAACCUGGACAUUAGCAGACCGUUACUGCUUGGAGUGGUGGAGCGUUUUUGGCUCCAGAGCGAUGCUGCAGUUUGUGUUCUGGCCGGCCUCGGUUUGAGCCACGCUCACAGUAAGAUGGAGAGGUGGCUGGGACACGGGGGGCUGUGGAAGACCAUCGGCUGGGUCUUCACUUUAGCUCUGCUGGGACAAAUGGGACGCACCAACCAUAGGGAGUGUGACCAGAGCAGGAACGAUGUGGUGGAGCGAUUCGGCAGGGAGCUGCUGGCCUCCUUCCCAAAAGACUCACUCAUCCUGACCAGAGGAGACCUGCCAGGAAACUCUCUGCGCUACCUGCACUACUGCCAGGACAUCCGGCCUGAUAUCCGCCUGGUCGACCAGGAGAUGAUGACAUAUUCUUGGUAUGUGACCAAGCUGGGGCAGCAUCUUCCUGGAGUACAUUUUCCUGGCCGAAGGUGGGACACGGUCCAAUCUGAAGAAAAGGACACCUUUAGUCUCGAGCGGUUCCUGUCCCACAACAAACUGAGGGAUGUGUUUGCCUGCAUCGGCCUGACUGAUGGAGAUCCCAGCUGGGAACGUAGCUUCUCUCGUUGGCCUUUGGGUGUGUGUGACUACCUGGUUCCACUUCAGAGGCAGUUUCACCCAGAACGCUGGGUAGAACGCACCCGCAGCCUCUAUAACUGGAGUGAGCCACACAACAGGACAGCAAACUGACCUGACCCAAACCAAGCAGCGAAUCUGUGGAAGAUGAGAGACACCAGAGCCCACAAUGGAGAGGAGCUGGAGGUCGUAGGUCACCUGAGCAGAGCCACAGGCUGACUGCCUUCAUGCCACGCAGCACAGAUGCAAUAAUUUAUGUAAAAGAAGCUCCAACCACAUUCUAAACAUAUUGGCAGUAUAGUUUUCAAUGAUCCAACAUUUCUGUAUUAAAAUAUUUUUUAUUGGUUAUUUUCUGAGACAUUUAAUUUUAGGUUUCCAUUUAUUGGAAGGAAUAAUAUUUAUUAUAAAUGAACAGAAAUCACUGCUUAAAAUAUGUCAAUCUGUAUAUGAAUCCAUAACAUGUUGAAUUUGGUAAAGAUAAUGAAACCCACUUUCAGCCAUCUGAUCAGUAGUCCACAGCAACAGGUGGGGGAGGGGUAACACUGAAUCACUCAAGUCCUCGUUUCUACUAAGCAGUACGGCGCGUGUCGGUGUGGCUUGAUUCUUUUUUUAUUUAGGAGUGCGAAUCCAGCUGAUAGUUGACUGGGCAGGUGGUGUUUAACCCAAAUGCCUCCACCCGAACCGUACCACACCAUUGUCCUACAGACCCAGGAGUGCUGCAUUACAUGUCAGUUUUACAAUGGAAACAGACAAAAUACCGUACAGCACCGACCUGUGCCGUACCACUCAGUGGAAACGAAGCAUGUGUUUGAAAUCGGCAGGAAUGGUAAAAUGAAAAGUUUUUUUCAGUUUUGAAACCUUUUUAUGCCAUAAAGCCAGUCAGUACCUGUGUCAGAGAUUCUUAGGGGCUUAAAUAUUAGAAAAGUGUAGUUUUUGCAAGGCUGCUGCUGACAAAAAAUAGACAAAUCUUUAGAAAUAAAUCUGCUUGCUGCUUUUUCUCUCUGUGGUCUCCCUUCUUCAGACUCAUGCAGGGUUUCCUCACAUUGACUUCGUUCAGCACUCUCCAUGCUGCGAUCCUCCUCUUUGUGAAUGCAACCAGUGCAAGACAUUAGGCCCUCAGCCAUUUGAAAUGAGACUGAAGAUGAAAAAUAAUGAGUUCCUUAUUGCAUUUUGUCAAUAACUGUGUCAAAACUGGAAUUAGUCAAAGCUCCAUAUUCUGUUGCUGUUGCCAGCAGCCCUUCUUUCACUCACAUAUCCACGGCUGAAUACUGUGACAUUAUUUCCCGCGCCCUCACUACAAGCGUGUCCGCAGAUGCCCACAAGCCAAAUAUUAGCCGAGAGACCUUACUGCUAAAAUAUUCUUUUGAAAAAGAGGUCAAGCGUCUGCACUCGGGAAGGCGAAGAAAGACGUGGUUUAACCCCAUGUCUAAUGUGUUAGCUGGUAUUGUUGCUCAGUCAUUUCAUGUUGAUGUAUUCUUAAAACCUGCAACGUUAUCAUUUAUCGCUACAGGAAUUGUGCAUAAACUUUUGCCUGAAGCUGUUUUAAAUAAACUAUAUCUGCUUG